UUCCUCAUGGAAACCCAAAUCAAUGUUGUUCAUUGGCUCACAAAUCGGAAAUUGGGGUUACUUUCAAGUUCCACAAUUCCAAUUGACACAGCAAGCAACUCCGAUUCUCCUUACACUCUAAUCAGAAACAACGGUGCCAGGUUCGAUCGAGUCGUUCUUCAUGCUUUUUGCACAUUUGAUCAAUCUGCAAACUUGACAUCCUGAUCCAACGCAAGUUCGAUUUUUUUUGGUUGAACCUCAGGUUUUCAGAUACCCUUUUUGUUCCUUUUUAACGGAUUAGGUCCGUUGAUUGUAUAGGUGGUUGAUUUAGAAGCAGAUAGAAAAUGGGGGCAAUGAUAUCUAGGUUCUGGUUUAUGUUAUUCCCUGCAAAGGAGUAUAAGAUUGUGGUAGUUGGGUUGGAUAACGCGGGAAAGACCACAACCCUUUAUAAAUUGCACUUGGGCGAGGUUGUCACAACCAACCCUACCGUUGGUAGCAACGUCGAAGAGCUCGUCUACAAAAAUAUACGAUUUGAGGUCUGGGACCUUGGCGGACAAGAGAGACUGAGGACCUCAUGGGCAACGUAUUACCGAGGAACUCAUGCUGUGAUUGCAGUGAUAGACAGCAGUGAUAGAGCCAGGAUCUCAAUCAUGAAGGAUGAACUUUUCAGGUUGCUGGGGCAUGAAGAUUUACAACAUUCUGUCAUUCUUGUCUUUGCUAAUAAACAAGACAUCAAGGAUGCAAUGACUCCUGCUGAGAUCACUGAUGCACUAUCUCUUCACAGCAUCAAGGAUCAUGAUUGGCAUAUACAGGCUUGCAGUGCCCUUUCGGGAGAAGGGCUGUAUGAUGGUCUUGGAUGGAUUGCUCAGCGAGUAACUGGCAACGCACCAACAUGAUGUUGGGAUGCUGGAAACUUAGAAUGAAAAUCAUUUUUAUUGUAUUAUGUGAUAACUGACUAAUUCUAUGCAUCAUUUAUACUUCGAAGAGCCAAGCUAAUUUUAGAUUCUUGCAGUUUCAAUUUGUGUAAUCGAGCAUAUCAAUUACUAAU